GCCUGGCUGUUAUAGGUUGAUAUAGGUGUGCAAUAGCUCGCAUCUAGUCGUCCAUUGGAAACCAUGGCUCUUUCAGAUGCAGACGUAGAAAAAGCGAUAAGCRCUCCCGAUGCCAGUACUAAAGACUUCAUUUUUCAGCAAACAAUGCUGCGCGUUAAGGACCCUAGAGUUUCGUUGGACUUCUAUUCUCGCGUUCUUGGAAUGAGGUUGUUGACAAGAUACCACUUUGAUGCAAUGUCAUUUUCAUUGUACUUUCUGGGUUAUGAAAAAGAGGARGAUAUGCCAAAAGACCCUAUGGAAAGAACAAAAUGGGUCUUCAUGAGAAGAGCUACUCUGGAACUCACACACAACUGGGGUACAGAAAAUGACCCUAAUCAAUGUUACCACAAUGGCAAUUCAGAGCCAAAAGGAUUUGGUCACAUUGGAAUCCAAGUACCUGAUGUUGACAAAGCUUGUGAAAGAUUUGAACAGCUUGGAGUUGAGUUUAUCAAGAAGCCAAAUGAUGGCAAAAUGAAGGGGCUUGCAUUCAUUAAAGACCCUGAUGGUUACUGGAUUGAGAUCCUGAAUGGCCAAGGAAUGACAAAGAUUUGUGUCUAAGACCUGGCAUACAGUACAUAAUAUGACCUCAAAAAUGCACAGUACCUAAAAAGCUAAGAGGAAGAGAAUUGCCAGGACUGAUUGUCAUUCUUUUAUAAAACUCAAGACUUGCUACAAACUAUAUACAAAAAAUAAAAAUGUGGACUAUA